AUGACAGUCAACAACGGCACAGAGAAGGAUGGUAUACCCAGCAUUACCUCUCUCUCGUUUCUUGACCUAGUCAUUGACGCUGCCACCAAGUUCAUUGCACAAGAGCGCAGGCGCAACUUUUCCUUUCUCGCCAGAUACAGCCACAAAUACACGGACACGAAAGAUCUCCUCGUGGUUACUUGCGCAAACUCCGACGAUGUCAAGGCUCUACACAGCCACAUGAACUGUAGCAGUGUGCCGGACGUUCAUGACCACCAGUGGUAUACCUUCAGCGAACCCCUAUGUUCGAAUGGCUUCCGGCGCACCGUUGCCAUCGAUAUCGUUCCCGGUGAGCCCUCAGUCGCUGCGAACAUGUUUGUUUCCGAUCUACGUCGUGAUGGUCGUAUGACGAUGCUAGAUGCGUGGAUCCGAGAGUCCUACGAAUGGCACGAUGUCUACGAGAUGCGAUUCCGUGAGCUCCAGCAGAACGAACAGCAGCUCUGGUGGGAGAGUACCGGCCAGACAUUUAGGCUCUUGGAUCUUCCCUUGGAACUGCGCGAAGCCGUAUACCUCCAGGUUAUAGGAUCUGUUGUCCUACCAGACAUUGACCCGUCUAGCACUCAACCAACCACCCUUGGGGCCGGUUGUUCGUAUGGAAGCAAAUUUCGUACUGGCUCUGAGCUUGAUCCGGACGUCCAUGUCCCCAACCUGACGAUUACAAGGGUUAACAAGCAGGUCAAGGAGGAGGUCAUGCAGGUGGCACAUCGAGAUACGUUCAAACGCUUUCGAGCCGUAGGCGAGAAGGGUUACUCACGGGCUCAGCCGAGUCGUCGAUCGUCCUUUCACACGAAUCUCACCGGGAUCCAGUCCUUGGCACCCCAUGUUGCCUUCCUGCGCAACGUACAGCUGGAGAUGUCCGCAGCGUGUUAUUUCUCUUUCGUCGGCAUCAUACCCACACGCGGCGAUCCCUUCGGGCUUGAUGCUUCAUCUCCCGCACAGUACUCACAUGUACACAUGGUUCAAGCAAGCGUGCUAACCACGUUCAAGGCCCUACAAAAGCUCGACUUACGAUUCAUCAGCCCCAAGCACCAAGAAGCCGCGUGUCCGUGGCAUAUUAUCUCGUUGUGUUCCUCCCAAGCAAACACAUAUGCUACCCAUUCUUGCCAGAAGGUCUGGAUUGACUGGUUUCUCACUUUCGCCUGGGAUUACCUCAAAGCCCUCAGGGGUGUCAAGUUCAGUCUCAGUGGCUGCGUGAAGGACUCUACUCGUACACACUGGGAGCGUGUUCUGAACGAUUUGCGCAACGACUGGACAUCAGAUAUCAAGGACUUGGAACUUCAGAUCAAGCAGAACAAGACGGAUUGUAUACCUAUCCCGUGUGAUUGUUCAGUUUCGUGUUCAACGUCAAACUAUCCACCUUCGUGGACCCAGCAUGAAUUGGAGAGGAUAGAAGGUCUGAAGGAAGAGGUGAAUGAGAUCUACUGGAGCUUCAAAGACUGA